AUGGCUUCCAAGCAAGCCACCGUAGCCUCGUUCGUGGAGUCUGCGCCGCCGGGAGAGCUGUCCAAUGUUGUAGCGGACAUCAAAGCAUUGGCGAGUAGUGAGGUCCAAUCGCUAGACUCAGCGUUCAAGAAGUACAAUGAAGAGCAGUAUACUACUGUGAAGCUGCCUGGGAGUAGCGAGACGGUCUUGAUUAGCAAGUACAACUCUCUGGACGACGGGCGGUACUUCGACACAGCCAGCCAGACCGCAUUCGACUUCGACCACGCCUCGCAGAAAGCCUCCAACGCUCAAUCUCACCCCCUCGACUCUCCCCACGCCGACCAGGUCCGCUCCCUCCAAACCUCCUUCUCCCGCGCCGCAACCGAACACUUCCCCACCUCCACCAUCGGCGUCUACCCCACCUCCUCAUCCAUCGCCAUCCUCCUCGUCGCCAACAAGUACUCCCCCCAAAACUUCUGGAACGGCCGCUGGCGCUCCACCUACCUCCUCGACCCCUCCUCCAACACUCUCUCGGGAACAAUCAAAGUGGACGUGCACUACUACGAAGACGGCAACGUGCGCAUGAGCACGAACAAGAAGGUCGAGGCCAGUGGGGUUGGAGGGGCAGAUGCGGUGGUGAGGGAGAUUGCCAAGGCGGAGAAUAAGUAUCAGGAGGAGUUGAAUCGGGCGUUUACUGCAUUGGCGGAGGGGAGCUUUAAGGGUUUGCGGAGGCAGUUGCCUGUUACGAGACAGAGGGUUGAGUGGGAGAAGAUUGGGGGUUAUAGGCUUGGGCAGGAUGUUGCUGGUGGGAGGCAGAGGUAG